GAGAACACGGCUCAGUUUCAACCUCACAUUCACCAUUCACAUUGCAGCAGACAGCAGGCACCAAUUAGAAACUAUCUACUUAGGCAAUAGAAAGGCAACAUUCAACGGAUAGAGCAGAGCAUGCAGAAUAUGACCAACGAAGCAGCAGCCAGUUCUUCAUCUUCCUCUCCCCCACUUUCUUCUACUGAUCACCAAAAUCAUUACACAUACGAGGUUUUCCUGAGUUUCCGAGGCGAGGAUACGCGCUAUGAUUUUACAGAUCAUUUGUACAACGCUUUGUGUCUGAGGGGAAUUAAGACAUUCAGAGAUGAUAAGCUUAGCAGAGGAGAAGACAUAUCACAAGAGCUCCUCAAAGCAAUUGAUGAGUCUAGAGUUUCAAUCGUCGUCUUCUCUCAAAAUUAUGCUUCUUCAAGGUGGUGCUUAGAUGAACUGGUCAAGAUACUUGACUGCAGAAAAUUCAAAGGCCAGAAGUUUAGAGCUGUUUUCUACAAGGUGGCUCCUUCAGAUGUACGACACCAAAGAGGUGCUUUCGGUGACGCAUUUGCAACACUUGAUCAAUUUUACAAGGAUAGCAUGGAUAAAUGGAAGGCAGCUCUCAAGGAAGCAGCAGAUUUGUGUGGAUGGACUUUUGAGGAGGGCCGGUACGAGACUGAAUUUAUCAACGACAUUGUCGGGGAGUUGUCUACCCGAGUAGUAAACCCUUCAUGUAAGUGGCACGUUGCUGAAUAUCCGAUUGGAUUAGAGUCUUGUAUACGAGAUGUCGAAAGUCUUUUAAAAGCCGAGGAAAAUAUUUUUCACAUGGUGGGCAUAUGGGGGACUGGUGGAAUAGGAAAGACCACAAUUGCGAAAGCUGUGUUCAAUUCAAUUUGCCAUAAGUUUGAAACUAGUUGUUUCUUGGCAGAUGUUAGAUCUAAUUCAAAUGGCCUAGCGCAACUGCAAAAGAGACUUUUGCGUGAUGUUUUAAGGGACUCAAAUUUGAAGGUGAGCAGUGUUGAUCAGGGAAUCAGUUUUAUAAAGGAAAGAAUGCAAAAUAAAAAAGUUCUCUUGAUCCUUGAUGACGUGAGUCAUUCUAGCCAAUUAAAGAACUUAGUUCCAUCCCCUUAUUGUUUUGGCCCGGGUAGUAGAAUUCUCAUAACAACAAGAGAUAAACGUUGGCUAAUUGCUCAUGAAGUUAAUGAAGUAUAUGAGGUCAAGAUGUUAGAAGAUCGUCAUGCUUUGGAGUUGUUUAGCUUGCAUGCAUUCAAAAGAAAUGAACCUCCAAGCGGUUAUCUGGAACUUACACAACAUGUUAUACACUAUGCCCAAGGCCUUCCAUUAGCUUUGAUAGUCUUAGGCUCUCAUCUAUUUAGUAGAAGCACAGAGGAGUGGAAAGCUACAAUAGGUAGUUGUAAAGGAGGUCCUCAUGCAGAUAUACAGAAAGUUCUCAAACUAAGUUAUGAUGCUCUAGGACAAGAUUUAAAAGAACUAUUUCUUGAUAUUGCUUGCUUCUUUAAAGGUGAGCAUGUAGCCCAUGUGAAACCAAUACUAGAAGCUUGCUAUGACCAGAAAACAAUGGUGAUUGGUAUUGCACAACUGCAAGAAAAGGCCUUGAUAAGAAUUGACAAAGAUGAUCAUAUUUGGAUGCAUGACUUAAUAGAAGAAAUGGGUAAAGACAUAGUGUAUCAGGAGUCACCUGAUGAACCGGGGAAACGCAGCAGAGUGUGGAGUGAAGAAGAUGUAGACUACGUUCUAACAAAUAAUACAGGUACAAAUAAAGUUAUAGGCAUUCAGGUCCUAUUGCGAUCAUCUACAAUAUCUUUGAAUGCUAAAAGCUUUUCAAAGAUGAAGAAUCUUAGAUAUAUUUCUAUGAGAGGAACAUCCUUUUUUGGAGAUAUUGAUUAUCUCUCCAACCAGUUGAGGUGGCUCGAUUGGCAAGAAUGUUCGUUGCAAUGUUUUCCAUCCGAUUUUCAAGCAAACAAACUUGUAAAUCUUGAUAUUUCUUGGAGUCACGAAAUCACACGACUAUGGGAGGGACGUAAGAAUUUUUCAAGGCUAACAUGUAUGAAUUUAUGUCAUUGUACAUCCCUAAAGAAACUCCCAGACUUGAGUGGAAUUCCUAACUUGAAAGAGUUGGAUUUAAGUGGCUGUGAAUCCCUAAAGGAACUCCCAGACUUGAGUGGAAUCCCUAACUUGAAAAAGUUGGAUUUAAGUGGCUGUGAAUCCCUAAAGAAACUCCCAGACUUGAGUGGAAUCCGUAACUUGAUAGAGUUUGAUUUAAGUGGCUGUGAAUCCCUAAAGAAACUCCCAGACAUAAGUGGAAUCCCUAACUUGAAAGUGUUGGAUUUAAGUGGCUGUGAAUCCCUAAAGAAACUCCCAAACUUGAGUGGAAUCCCUAACUUGAAAGAGUUGGAUUUAAGUGGCUGUGAAUCUCUAAAGAAACUCCCAAACUUGAGUGGAAUCCCUAACUUGGAAGGGUUGAAUUUAAGUGGAUGUGUAUCCCUAAAGGAACUCCCCGACUUUUGUGGAAUCCCUAACUUGAAAGAGUUGGAACUAUAUGAAUGUAUCGGUUUAGUUGAGAUACCUGAUUCAAUUCGAUUCCUUAAUAAGCUUGUUACCUUGAAUGUUGGCGGUUGCUCUAACCUUAUUAUGUUUCCAAGAAAAAUCAACUUGAAAUCUGUAGAAACAAUCUCUAUUAGCUAUUGCAAGCUUGAAGAAUUUUCAGAGGUUGGGGAAGAGAUGGGUUUCUUGAGAAAAUUGGUUAUAAGAGGCACUUGCAUUAAAGAAUUGCAUCCGUCCAUUACAAGGCUUAUUAGGCUGGAAAAUUUGGACCUAAGGGACAGUCAAAAUCUUACAACCCUGCCGUAUAAUAUUUAUGAAUUGCACAAUCUAAAGGCUCUUGAUGCGAGUGGAUGCUCAAAACUGGCUACAUUUCCAAAAAUUUCAGUAAAGAUGGAUUUCUUGAGACAACUCUAUCUUAAAGGCAGUGACAUAAGAGAAUUGGAUGAGUCAAUUGAAAAUCUCAUAGGGCUUGAAUAUUUGGAUCUUACUGACUGCAAAAAUCUCACAGCUCUACCGUGCAGCAUUUAUGGGUUGCAAAAUUUACAGUUCCUUUUUCUUGGUGAAUGCUCAAAACUAGUCAGAUUUCCAACAAAUACCAAAAUUUUGAAUGUCGAUGGUUGCUCGCUAUCACUUCCCAAGCUAGAGAAGCUCUGUCUCGGAGGAUGCAGUUUAUUAUCAGAUUGUGAUUUCCUGACGACUCUUGAUUGCUGGGAAACAUUAGAGUGGCUUAAUCUGUCAAGAAACAAUUUUGUUAGUCUUCCUGCUUGCCUCACCAAAUUUGUCAAGUUGCGGUAUCUUUACUUGUCCGGUUGCACGAGACUCCGAGGAAUUCCGGAGCUUCCGCCAAACGUUGAAGUAGAUACAAGAGGUUGUGAAUUACUGGAGGAGAGAUUGUCGACAUUGACAAAUCGUGGAGCUGUGAUAGAGGCGGCGUCGCCGUCAAUUGAAGAGCCAACUUCGUCGUCAUGGCUUUCUUUGUCUUCCGAAACUCCGAAACGACGCCGCACCGCGGAAGAACCAACACCAAUGAAUUCUCCGAAACGACAACUCCUUGCCGCAUCGAUGGUCCCCAUGUUCCACAGCGCCCAUCACUCAACUACUACUCCACAGCUUCAACACCAAGCAGAGGAACCAACUGACUUGUUAAGGCUUUCUCUGAACUCUUCAGAACCAACAAAACCUCGUGGCCCAGUUAAAGGUGAUCAAGACCAGUGGCUGUCUCUGUCUGUGCUGCCAUCCACUUCAGAACUCUGAACUCUGAACCAUCCACUUCAGAGUUUAGUCGAGACAGAGAGGUUUGGGUAUGACCCUGUUUUGAGGUUGUCUUCAUCUGCUAUUUACUCAUCAUCAAUCUUGGGGACUAUAGAUUUUGCACUUGGAGAGGUUACAAACUCUGGCCAAGUUGGCUACAUGGUAAUUGCUGAUCUAGCUCAAUUUGAGAUGACCGCAAAUAAACUAGAAGCAAAGAAGUUCUAGCCUGGCUUUGGCUAAGAAUCUUGCUUCAAGGUGAUGCGGCAGGUGUGUGCUGACCUUCUUGAGGAAAUGGAAUUGGUUUUCAUUGUUUCUAAGGAUGGAAUUGAUACUGUGAGAGUGGUAUGCCGAUUCAAAUGCCUGAGCAAUAAGCUACCGAAAGGCAGGCAUUUGAUUGGGGAUAGCGUGGUUUACGAUGUGGGUGUUUGGUUGCUCGGGGAGUUUCAGCCGCAGCUAGAAGUUACCCCCAUAACCAAGUAUGAUUCGGCUCAGCUGGUGUUGAGCUGCCAGAUUGUGGUGAAUAAGUCAUAUGUAUGCGAUGGAUUGAAGCAGGGGAAUAUUCGGGUUUUGAAUAUUUGGGUGUGAGUGUAGAAGGAUGGCUUUUUGUCUGGAAAAUUUCUGAAGGUCCAGACGAAGACGGUACGAAAUCACAGGAAAGAUUGUUAUGGCCAUUCAAAUAGUUGGUUAGGGGGAAGCUGUUCAUCCACGAGUUUGUUGGCACUGUCAUAAACAACAGGUUUUGGUUGUUCAGGUUGGGAAGCGUGUUCUACAAAUUGAUACUACUAAAGUUGCAAAGGGUAAAGUCCUUCUGCUGAGGAUCCUAUUAAGUUUCCUGUUGAAAGCUUAUUGAUGGGGUCCAAUUUGUUGGUAAACAUGAUGGAGAGGUGACAGAUUUAUCAAUGUGCCAAUGGAUGACCACCCGGCUGGUUUCUGCUUCUAUGGAUGGAACUAUGAUGAUCUCGGCGUCAAAGUGCUUCUUCCCCAACAAUACUAUGAGUUCAGUUUCAAACCUACCUUGAUAGGCCGAACAGACUUCUAUUGCAGUUUUCAAUGGAUUGGUUCAUUUAAAUGGUUUGAUGUAUAUGUUGAUGGAAGAGACUACUGCCAUGAGUGUUGGUGGAGUAUAAAAUCUUCUGGCAAUGGCCCUUGUAGGCUUAACUUCAAAACCGGCCAGUAUGAUGAUUGUUUGCCGUGGAACAAAAACUAGGUACAUACAUACUCGAAGUCAUCUUGUCUAUGAACUUUAUCCAAUAAUAAUAAUAAUAAUAAAGAAGAGUUUGAUAGUUAUUUAUGCUUAA